GGCACGUCUCUUUCCUCCUUCCUCGAUCUUCUGAUUUGUUGCAUGCUACUGGCCAUUGAUUGUUAGUGAGGUGGUGUCAGCGAGGGAGGACGAGGGAGUGAGAGCGAGAGCGUCAACGAGCGAGAGAGAGUGAGUGAGAGAGGGAGAGAGUGAGAGAGAGCGAGAGGGAGAGUUCUUGAGAGAGGAGUUCGUGAGAUUUGAGCAAUGUCUGUGGAUGAUGAGGAGAGAUUGAACAGCGGGGCGGUGGUGAAGAAGGUGAAUCGGGAAGGAGUGACUGGUCGCGGGAUUAUCGUUGAAGUCGUGGAGGAUUGGAGAGAAGAUGACGACUACGAGGAUGGGGUCUAUGACGAUGGAGCCGGGGAGCUUCUGUGCUUCUUGAUGGACUUGCAGGCCGCGGCGAUGGGCAGUUUCGGUGGCGGCCCUGAGUUUGAUCCCAAGUUGUACGUUGACUUGCCUCUUACGACAUCGUUGGAGGAAACCGAGGCCGCGUUCGGGUCUCUGCCGAGAUGCCCGACUAGUGGAUCCGUGGAAAAAGACACACUCAAGGCAUUUUUGAAGGUAUACUUCAGUGAAGCUGGGAGUGACUUGAUCCCCUACACACCGGUGGAUCACCUUGAUAACCCUCCCGACUUUCUUCCUGGAGUGCGAAACGCAGAUGCGCGUGAUUGGGGCCUGAAAGUUCAUUCGCUAUGGCCGUCUCUUACUCGCCUUGUUUCCCCUGCUGUGGAGAGGGAGCCAGAUCAGCAUACCCUACUUCCACUCAAGUAUCCUUUUCUAGUACCUGGCGAGCGGUUCCGGGAGGUUUAUUACUGGGAUAGCUACUGGGUCAUCAGAGGUUUACUUGCGAGCAAAAUGACAGAGACAGCAGCAGGAAUGGUAGACAAUUUCUUGUCAAUAGUCCAAGCGUAUGGUUUUUUUCCAAACGGCACACGGACAUAUUACGAAAAUCGCAGCCAGCCUCCAUUUCUCAGCAGGAUGGUGCGAGCAAUAUUUUCUGAAACUGGUGAUCUUGGUCUCGUAGCACGAGCACUACCUAUUCUUAAAGUUGAAUAUGAGUUUUGGACCACAGAUUCUCACGCGGUAUCAAUACGAGACGGGCAAGGACGUGUUCAUCGGCUUAGCCGUUAUAUUGCCCAUUGGGAUCAGCCGCGACCUGAAUGUUCCACCAUUGAUAAAAGCAUUGCCGGAGGCUUCAGUAAGUUCAAGCAACAACAGAUCUAUCGUGAUAUUGCUACUGCAGCCGAGUCGGGCUGGGAUUUCAGUUCAAGAUGGAUGGAGGACUCUGAGCAGUUAUCUUCCUUAAAGACUUCCUCUAUCGUUCCCGUGGAUCUCAACGCAUUUCUUCUUCAGAUGGAGCUUGACAUAGCUUUCCUGGCAAAAACUUUGAACGAAACUCAAGAUGCUAAGCGUUUCACAAGGGCUGCCGACGCUCGUAGGAGAGCUUUCGAAGCUAUACUCUGGAACGAAAAUAGGUGUCAGUGGUUAGACUACUGGCUCCCCUCGCAGAAGUCUGUACAAGGAGGAAAGUACCUCUACAUGUGGGACAGCAGCAGAUCUAACCGAAACACAUAUGCGUCAAAUUUUGUGCCUUUGUGGUGCGGCGUGCUUCCUCCAGGAGACGCAAAAAUUGAUCAAGUAGUGGAGGCUUUGUCCGGGUCGGGCUUAGUAAUGCCUGGAGGAAUAGCAACAUCCCUGGUGGAGACAGGACAGCAGUGGGACUUCCCUAAUGCAUGGGCUCCGCUGCAGCACAUGAUCAUCGAGGGGCUUGUCUUGUCAGCUUCUCCUAAAGCAAAAGCGAUGGCUGAGAGCAUAACUAGGUCUUGGUUGCGAUCUAAUUAUGUCGCAUACCAACGUGUUGGCCAUAUGGUUGAGAAAUACGACGCAAGAUAUUGUGGGGAAGUUGGCGGUGGUGGAGAGUAUAUAACUCAGACAGGAUUCGGGUGGACAAAUGGUGUCGUCUUAACACUGCUGAACGAUUAUGGAUGGCCUGAAGAUGUGCCACUUGACUGUGAUUGUGAGUCAUUACAACUAUAGCUAGCUGGACAAACGCAAGGUCAUCUUGCCGUAGCAUACAGUAUUACAACAGGGUUACUUCUUUGUUACAUAAUUGCGGAAUCAGGACUAGCUUGACUUGCUUAGUACCAACAUUUAUUUUUCAGAGACUUAUUGAAUCCCUUCACGUAACAAGACGAUGAAGUUUGUGCGCCUUCUACUGGAAGAUUAAAUGCCAGCUUCUCCGAGAUGGUUACGUCAUUUUUGUUCAUCUUUGUCAAGUUUAUUAGAAAAUCAUUGAUUCGUGAGUGAAAAAGUAUGAAAAACAAAAAAAAAAUCCAUGUUUUUAUUGAACUCCAUGAAAUUCAGAUAACUAUUUUACCUAAAA